AUGACAUACCAACCUGCUAUCAUGAGUGCCUCUCUCGGACGAGCCUGGCUUCAUGACUUCAACUACAAAAUCCAGCAAUCUGCCCAGGCCGGGUUCAAAGGAAUCGAGAUAUUCUACGAAGAUCUCGAAUAUGCAGCGCGCAAGAUCUCGGAAAAUGCCGACCCGACGCCCGAGCAGCUUUUCCAAGCGGCCAAACAUGUUCGCUCGACCUGCGAAUCCCAAAAUCUCGAGAUCAUUGGGCUCCAGCCAUUUCUCUUCUAUGAGGGCCUGAAAGACCGAAACCAACACGCAAAGCUGGUCGAAAAGAUGAAGCUAUGGUUGCUGAUCGCCAAGAACUUGGGCACUACGACGAUCCAAAUUCCCGCCAACUUCCUCCCAGCAGAGCAGCUCACGGGGGACCUCGAUGUCAUGGCAAAUGACCUACGACAAGUUGCGGAUAUGGGAGCUGCAGAAACCCCCGUUGUUCGUUUCGCUUACGAGAAUCUGUGCUGGAGUACGCACAUCGACACCUGGGAGAAGGCAUGGGACAUGGUAAAACGCGUCAACCGGCAUAACUUUGGUACGUGUCUGGACACAUUCAACAUCGCAGGUCGUGUCUGGGCGGAUCCUACCUCGGCGACAGGGAAGACACCAAACGCGGAUGCUGAUCUCAAAGCCUCAAUGGAGCGGAUGGUUCAGGAAAUCGACGUGUCGAAGGUUUUCUAUAUCCAAGUGGUUGACGCUGAACGCUUGGCCUCGCCGCUUAUCCCGGGCCAUCCGUUUCAUGUCGAUGGUCAGCCGGCUCGAAUGAGCUGGUCGCGCAACGCGAGGACCUUCAUGUACGAAGAUGAUCGUGGCGCGUAUCUUCCUGCAGAAAACGUCGCCAAGACUAUUAUAUCUGGACUGGGGUACAAAGGCUAUGUCUCCAUGGAGCUUUUCUCCAGGACAAUUUCAGAGGAGGGACAGCAUGUUCCCGAUGAGCAUGCAAGAAGGGGAAUUGUGGCUUGGGAAAAGUUGCAGAAGAACCUACAGCUCAACUAG